GUGUGCUAAGUUCUGUCCAGUCCGCCUCACAAGAUACAAGCACCUUCAGUUGCCGGAGAAAAGUUCAACAAGUCAAGUUGUUGUCAUGGCAUUGAGCGGUAAAACAGCUAUCAUCACCGGUGGCGCCAGAGGAAUCGGAUUUGCCACAGCCGAGGAACUGUUGAAAAGUGGAGUUGAAAAAGUUCUAAUUUUGGACGUUGGUCAAAGUUUGGACCCCGCUCGAGAAAACACUCUGAAGCUGAUCAACGCGCAGGCAUCAAUUUUCUACAGCCAAUGUGAUAUCACAGACAAAUCAGCAUUGGAAGGGAUUUUUCGAAAAAACGAUCUUGGAAGGCUUGACAUAUUGGUCAAUUGUGCGGGAGUUUUGUGUGAACAUGACGUCGCUCGGGCCGUUGCCGUGAACUUGACCGGAUUGAUCGACUGCACUAUGCUGGCCUUCGAUGUGAUGGGUAAGCAUAAAUCGGGCUCUGGAGGUGCAGUUGUCAACAUUGCUUCGAUCGCUGGUUUUGAGCCGAUGGACUUGUGUGCAGUUUACAGUGCAACGAAAAGUGGCGUAAUUGGGUUUACAAGAGCUAUGGGUAGCAAAGAUGUUUUCGAACAUACCGGCAUCAAAGUGGUGGCAAUCUGUCCUGGAGGAACCGACACCGAUAUGGUUAUGUCGAAAGGCGAAUGUGCCAUCAAGGUGACGUUUCCGUGGCUGGAGGCAAAACAGAUAGCUUUGCUGGAACAAAUUCCUUUGCAAAAACCAUCUGCUGUGGGAAAAGCUGUCGUUCAAGCCGUUUUGACAGCGCAGCCAGGAUCGAUUUGGAUUAGUAACGAGGACAAAGUAACUCCAAUGCACUAUGGAGAAAAUACGUUCUUCUGAAAGUGGUAUAAAGCAUGGAUUAUCUUAAAUCUGAACGCAUUAAAAAGGGUACACAGUUAGAAAAAUCCAUGUAGCAUUACAUGCAAGUACAUGGGUAGAAGGGAAUCGGCCUUUUACAUGUGACGAUACUGCAUAUUUCAUGUAAAAUCCCAAUAGCAUUCAUCUGCUUUGUUUAUUGUAAGUUUACAUUAUGUUUACAACCCCAAUUCAAAAUUCUUAUUGGAUUGCAAUGUUCGAAAUAAAAUCGGAAACACAAGUUGCACAAGUAUUCAUAUUUUAUUAGCAGAUUUUAUGGUUUAUAUUAACACCUGUUUAUAAGUGUUUGAAGCUCCCCCGGAGCUGGACAGCAGACUGUAGAAUACAAACAAAUUACUCCUUUGCUGAAUUUGACCGCUGCUUUUGGCACUUAUGCUUUCUGAAAAAAAAAAAGAUCAAUCGGUGUAAAAAAUUAGUGACGAUUAGUUUAAGCUAUUCAACAUUGUCUUUUCACAUAUAUUUUGAUAGAUUUUAGAUCAGAACCUACCUUGCUAGAAUAUUCUGCAAGCAGCAAACGGAAUUCAAUUCCUACGGGACUUAGAGCAAAACAACAAGUGAGUUGACAGUUUGGAGCACAUGCAGUUUCAUGUAAAUGUCCUCUAGAACAUGCAUUCACAUUGAGUUUCUGCUUGUUUUGCUUGCAUUUUCAUGUAAAUUUCUUUGCAAUUGUAAAAUAGCUAUAGUCUUUUUCAAAUUUUUUUCAGAAAUGGUGCGGAAACGUAAAUUCACUUGUAAAGUAGGAUUACAAUGUAAUUAGAUUUAUCUCGGAGCUAUGUAAACGAAAUCAAAUGUUUUGUACUCAAAAUGUAAGUUUUUAUUGCACUUUACAGGGAAAAAUAAUUAAAAAAAAUUAUUACGAUGUUGUUGUGAUGAAAUUUCGAACUUUUUGUCGAGAACCACUAUUCGCUGACCUCAGCGGCCAUAUUGUUCCACAAUCUCUUCAUCUCUGUUCCAUCCUGAAUCGUUCUACCAUUCUUCUUCAUCUUCUGCUUGACAAUUGCCUAAAAUUUUUCGAUAAAGCGGAAUUGAGGACAGUUGGGUGGGUUGAUGUCCUUUUCGACAAAAUCCACCCGUUGUCCCGAUACCACUGUAGUACUUCUUUGCUGUAGUGGCAUGUAAUGUACGGAAAAAACGUUUUUCAGGCACUCCUCCUUGUACAUUUCGGAGUCUAUGGACUUGUUUUUCACAAAGCCCGGGGUUUUUCUUCCACAGCUGCAAAUACCUUGCCAGAUCAAACACUUUCUUGCAAACUUAUCGGCAAAAACGAAUUUAAACUUGGCAUCACACCGACCAGUUGCUUGGCAAAAUUUUUGGCCAGGAAUCCACCCAAAAUCCAUCUUUACGUACGUUUCGUCAUCCAUGAGGAUGCAUCCGUCGUAUUUAGUUAGAACCUUGUUGUAUGACUUCCGGGCCGUCCUUUGGCUUCUACAUUCUUCUCGCUAAUUUUUAGCUACUCAGUUCAUAGUGGUGGUUACUCAGUUGUCGCCAAAACCGCACCUACUCAGUUCUGACUAAACGGCCUUUACUCAGAACUGACUAACAGCCCUUUUCGCGACAACUGAGUCAUGGUUACUUAGAAUGCGCGAAUAAUUCUAAAGCCGCUGUUCACGAAUAGGAUCCAUUCAUUUGGAGCUGCCGUUUCUUAAUGUGUUGCUCAUAUAUAAACGGGUGUUAUCUGGAAUAAAGAAAGGCAUUUUAAUAUUAGACAAACAAAAAAGAUUUACUGAAGAAUUGCCUGCCUACCUUUUCUGGAACCCAAUUUCUUAGCACAUCAUUGUGAUUAGAACUAUAGAGAAGCGGCUUUUUUUGCCACUUACUGCUCCAUUUCGAUUGCGGAACAACAUUUUCCACUGCUGGACGCGGGCUAUUCCACCUACAGGUUUAGAAACGGAUAUUGAAGGUUAUGUUAUCGGAAUUUAUUUUCUUCUUACCGAUUUUCACAUUUGUUCCGCCGGAUCUGAUGGCCUCUCGGAUCUUCCAGUUCUUCGAUUGUGAACUUGUUCGGCAAAACCGGGCAGACUUAGAAACAAUAAAAUAUAAUCAAAACCGAAUAUUUAAUGCGCUGCCAAAAAUGCUAACACUUUCGAUUCUAUGGAAAACAAUAACCGCAAAACUUUUUCCCCUUUGAAUUUAACCAUUUUCUGCGAUUUCGUUUGGAACUCAAGAAAUGGUUAAAAUUCAGCAAUUGUUCAUGGUUGAAAAACAACAAUUUUCGAAGUUCUUCAAGUAGUAUCAUAAAAUGGUUGAAAAAAAGUAAAAAAUGGUUAGAAAAAAAUGAGCGUGUAUGAUACCCCUUCUCAGAAGGGAGAAGCACUGAGCGUAUAGAAAGAAUUUUCGAUAAGUUACAUGGGUCUGACGUAGGUUCCGUUUCACUGGUGUCCAUCAGUGAUCCGUUCGUGUUCGCAAGAUCUGGUGUGAUAUUUUCACUAUUCGUUACUUUUAGAUCUUGCGCGACAAGGCAUACCCAUUUAUAUCAAAGUGAUAUAAAUUAGCCUCUUACCAUGCCCACGGAUGAAGAAAAUGAAGGUAAUCUUAUGAUAAUUCACAAAAAAAUAAAAAAAAAAUCCUCGUUUUUUGUAAGAAAAAUUUCUACUUUAUUCUUGGUAUCUCCCAUCGGCCAGCGCACACAUUUUUCAGUCAUGACAUUGAUCAGUUUUUCCAAUUUAGACUUCGUCUAAUCUGUAUUGGUUGGCUGCAUCCUCCUCCUUCAAUUUUUGUUACUUUUCGGUCCAAAAGUUCUCUUUCAAAACAAACUUAAUUCAAUUUAGCGAAUCCAACUGUUUAGAAAUUAACAAAACUUGAAUAUUUUUAAACCACUUAAAAGUGUUUUUAAUUUUUAAUGGAAAUAAAAAAAAACGAAAUAAAACCAUCAUGAGAUUGAGCUUAAAGUAUAAUCUGUUAGUUAAUAUCGUAGGUUACGAACGGUACAUACAAGGUUUUUUUGACUUUUAAAAACAGCAGCGUAAACUAUAAAUUUCAAGAAAUUAUGCAAUAAUAUAUAAUUCAAAUUAAUUAAUGAAAAUUUCUAGCAUCUUGUUAAAUUACCAAUAAUUUAAAAAAAAACGCACGAGCAGUUUACUUCGGCGGGUGGUGAAGAAAAUAGCUAGAGACAAACAAAAUCCAAUAACAAAAGCGGACCCGGUGUGCUUUGCUAUACCUUUGAAAAUUAUUAAA